AAAAACAAACCUAAAUUGAUCUCUUAUCUGAAAUUCGAACGUUAGAGAGAUGUCUUGUACCGUUGCGAUCAGUUCACCCGUCUUUUCUUCUUCUCCGUCGAGACUUUCCGUUUCCUCGUCUCUCCUCUGCAAAGCCGCCGCGGCGGAGGCCCUAACCCUAACCCGAACUCUCUCUCCUUCCUCAGCCGCCGCACCUUCUUCUUCUUCUCCGUUGUCGCCGUUACGCGUUCACCGCCUCUCGAAGCCGCCGCCCAGUGGACUAAUCCAAACUUGUUCUGAUUGUUCGCCUUCGUCUUCGUCCUCCACUUCGCCCACGGAUUUAAAGCGCAAGCGGCCGGCGAGGUUGAAUAUUCCAAUUGUUCCGAUGAGCUUCGGGCCGGCUACGCCAUCCUCUGUUAUGGAAGAUCUGGUGGAGUUUGAGGGAGAUGGCUACUCGGUGUGUUGUAAGCGUGGCAGGAGAGGCGGGGCUAUGGAAGAUCGCCACUCGGCUAUGCUCAACCUUCAUGGAGAUCCUAAACAGGGUAUUUUUGGUGUGUUUGAUGGGCACGGAGGAGCAAAAGCUGCGGAGUAUGCAGCACAAAAGUUGAGUAAGAACAUAUUGGAUGAGAUAGAAAAGAGCGAGAAUGAGGAGGAAAUUAAGGAGGCGGUGAAGCAUGGUUACCUGAAAACAGAUAAUGAAUUUGUGGAACAAGAUUUACGAGGUGGAUGUUGCUGUGUUACAGCGUUGAUGAGGAACGGCAACCUAGUGGUAUCCAAUGCCGGAGAUUGUCGAGCUGUGUUGAGCAGAGGCGGAGUUGCGGAGGCACUCACUUCUGAUCAUCGCCCUUCAAGGCCUGAUGAAAAGGCUCGAAUUGAGGCAUUGGGUGGUUAUGUAGACUGUUGUCGCAGUGGAGUUUGGAGAAUCCAAGGAUCUCUGGCAGUCUCCAGAGGAAUCGGAGACCGGUCUCUCAAACAAUGGAUAACCGCGGAACCAGAAACAAGGAUCCUCACCCUUGAUUCUCAACAGGACUUCUUGAUCCUUGCAUCUGAUGGCUUAUGGGAUAAGGUCAGUACACAGGAAGCAGUUGAUGUUGCCCGAGCUUUCUGCGUCGAUAAGUCUCAACUCUUGUCGGGCUGCAAGAAACUCAUUGAUCUUUCUGUUUCCCGAGGUUCCAUUGAUGACGUCAGUGUGAUGCUAAUUCCAUUGGCCAAAUUUUCUUGAUGACAGACAAACACAACAUACAUCAAAAUUUAACAUGGACGACGAUGAUUCAACGCUUAGUUUUGGCUUGGCUUCUCAUUUCAUCAUUCUUUACAAAUUCUUUUAUUUAUUAUGUAAAUUGACUAGCCACUAGAUCGAGCACAGCGUCUUCAUUCUUGUACUUUUAUAUAUUUAGAUUAACUUCCUUUUACACACUAAUUAAUUCACUUUUUAAUUCAUCAGAUACUGAAAUUAUGUGCA